CACGAGGAUACACCUAGAAAAUUUACUACACCAGUGGAAUUCUCUGUGUGGAAUUGAAAAUUAGUGAAAAACUUGUAAUCGCGCACGACACAGUUUGGCCGUCUCUCGAGAGGGAAUUCCCUCUGUCUGUAUUCACGGUCGACCAUCUUGGCUUGUGUCACGCCAAUCAAACCAUUAAGACCUUAACCUCAAGGAAUCCAAUAGAAUUUUUGAGAGAACUUUAUUUCAACAAAUAAUGAAAUGGUAAUUGAUCUAUUGGUGAUGGAUACGAAUGCCGUGGAGGAGGACGACGUGUCCUUUCGCUUGGGGGAAAUGUUCGAUAGCUACGAAGAGCUUGAACAUAAGUUGGAAAGGUUUUCACGCCGUAGUCUGGUUCAUUAUUGGAGGAGAGACAGCAGAACUGUCAACGGAGCUCAUAUGAAAACAGCUCGACCGAUCAGCGAACGGCUCAAAUAUUACUCUGUCAAAUACGCCUGUAUAUACGGUGGACAGAAGUUUCUACCACGUGGUGCAGGUCGAAGACAAUCCCAGUCUAUAAGAACCAAUUGUCCAGCACAUAUAAUGCUUAGAGCAUCCAAGGACGGAACAAAACUUGAAGUUACAAGUGUGAACAACGAACACAAUCACGAGAUAUCAGAGGAACUAUUUAAAAAUCUUCCGCAAGAACGAAAACUUUGCGGCGAAAUUAAACAAGAAGUGCAAGACCUAAUGCAACUUCACAUAGACCGCAAGAGACUGAAGGAAUACGUACGCUUACGUACUAAUAAAAUACUCCGUUCCAAGGAUUUAUUCAAUAUAGCAGCAGCGAAUAAGCAAAAACGAGAAAUCACACCAGAGAGGGCAUAUCAGCUUUUUAAGAAAAUUCACGAUAUAGAAAAGUUGCAGGGUAGAGAAGGUAGCGCAAAAAUAUACUCUGAAUCCGAGGACGAAAUAGCUCAGACAAUAAAAAGAAUGAAAAAGGAACAAGAGUCACCCUGGGGUCAAGAUGGUCUGUCGGCUGAGUUGGAAGUAAGCGAGGGAAAUGACGGCGAGGAUUCCUACGGAGGACAGUUGACUCAAGAAGAAGCUGUCGAUGAUAUGGACACUGCUGAGGGUCAACUCCUGAGCGCAAACAACGAGGGUGAAAUAAUAACAGCUAACGGUGAAAUAGUUGGUGAACUAGUAAUGGAGGACGGCGACCCUUCUGUGAUAGUGGAAUCUAUUGUAAAUGCGGACGGCUCUGUAUUCGUUGAUGAUAGGGAAUUCAAUACCUACUGUAAUAAUCAUCUGACACAUGCUGUACACGAUAGUCGAUCACCAAGAUCUCAAGUUCUAGAUAUUGAAACAAUGACGCCAAGUACUGAAAUGGAGAAAAUUACGACGAAGGGAUCCUCCAGGUCACCAUGUCCAACACAGCACAGUAGGUACAUGUCACCUAGAUCCCAUCUGACACCAAAAUCACCGGGGACACUGAACGAUAACUCAGACUCUCGUGUCUGGAUAAUGAAGGAAGCAGUGUCUGCAGAAACAGAACCAGAAAGUGGUCCCGAGAGCGAUACAAAUGGAUCAAAGAGUGCAAAGAAUAUCAAAGCCGAUACGGAUGCCACAGAGAUUGUCCUAUCGGAGGAGGCCAGUCAUCAGCUUCUUCAAGAACAACUGGCCGUACUCCGUGCCGAGCAGAGUAAACUUUUUCACGAGACUGAAAUGCUCAAGCUUAAAAAAGACAAGCUCAAGCUUCAGAUGAACUGCUAUACGAAUGAAAUUCGAAAGCAAGAAAUGGAGAAGGAGAAACUAAGACUCGAGAUCAAGUUGCUCCAAUCCAAAGUUAUGGAAGAUACCAAUGAUGUUUCCCAUUAUAUUUUUGUGCCUUGAGAUCACCUAGUCCAUUAGACCUUAUCGGACGAACUUAGUUCUGUACAUAAGUAUCCAUUAAGUAUUGACGCACAAAUGUGAUCAUGCGAUUCGAUCGGUUCGAGGACGACCUUGCAGGCCACACUUUGCAAAUUACAACUGAAUCGUAUCUUCUCCCUUCCGCACGUCCUAAGAAAAUCUGUAAUCGCGUUAGACAGCGUCAACCAGGAUAUAUUUGUUACAAUGAUAUACAUAUUCUAGAUAUGAGAACAAUGAAGAGGAGCGUUGUGAUUUUAAAUAGGCUAAACUAUUCCCGAAUUUAAAAAAAAAGACGCGUUGAGUCUACUGGGAUUAAUGUAAUAAAUUAUUUUUGAAGAAUA